AUUCAAAUUCUAGGGUUUAUAAAAAAAAAACCCCAAAAUCACACACAGACAAAUUAAUUGAAAAUCCAAUAAUAAUAAUUAAGAAAAGAUGGAAGUGAAACUAACAGAAGGAUCAAUAACAGUGUUAUCAAGUAAGAAAUGGCAAGAAUUGGGGGUGAAACCAGUGCUCCAAUUGUAUCAGAUUAGGCUUCUUAAUAGUCAACCCGAAAGAUACGGAUUAGUUUUGUCGGAUGGUUUACGUCUUCAGCAAGGAAUGCUUGCUAUUCAACUCAAUCAUUUGGUUAAAUCUGAACGCUUGAAUAAAGGCUCUGUUAUUCAAUUGAAAGAGUUUGUUUGCAACGCCGUCCGUGAUCGUAUCAUCAUCAUAGUCACCGACCUUGAUGUGCUACAUGAAACGUAUAAUAUUAUUGGUGAACCAGAAAGGUGCACAAGCGAUCCUCUUAUACCUGCAGCACCAACGCAGUCAAAUAAUCAGCCAGCAACAACUGUGGGCAGUCAAGUGUUUAUGGCCGUUCCACAAGCUGGUUCUGUUCCACCACCUAAUUAUACUGCUAGAACUCCAGAUCACUCUCCUGGGCACGGUGCAGGUUUACAGUCUUAUGGGAACGCUCCUAGUAAUUUGGAACAUGUGUCUUCCAUAUAUCCAAGAGCAGAUUCAGUUACUGCUAACUCACUUCCAUCUGCAUAUACACGCCCAGCUCAACCAACACAUAAUCAACCCCCUCCUAUGUAUAUGAACAGGGGACCCAUUGCAAAAAACGAGGCACCGCCAAGGAUCAUUCCCAUUGCUGCUCUUAACCCAUAUCAGGGUCGUUGGACUAUUAAAGCCCGCGUGACUGCUAAAUCAGAGCUUAGACGCUACAACAAUGCAAAAGGAGAUGGCAAAGUUUUUUCUUUUGACCUUCUCGAUUCUGAUGGUGGUGAAAUAAGGACAACAUGCUUCAAUGCUGUGGCUGAUCAAUUCUAUGAGCAAAUUGAGGUUGGUAAAGUUUACGUUAUUUCAAAAGGCAACCUGAAACCAGCUCAAAAAGCUUUUAAUCACCUGAAGAAUGAUCAUGAAAUUAUGCUGGAUCAUACAUCAACAAUACAACCUUGCUUUGAUGAUGAUGGUUCAAUUCCAAAGCAGCAAUUUCAUUUCCGUCCCAUUGCUGAAAUUGAAGGCUUGGGUAACAACACUAUUCUGGAUAUCAUUGGUGUCGUUUAUAAGAUAACUCCUUCAGCUUCUAUACAGAGGAAAAACGGUACCGAGACUCAAAAAAGAACCCUUGAAUUGAAGGACAUGUCUGGCACAAGUGUUGAGUUAACUUUGUGGGGAAACUUUUGCAACAAAGAAGGACAAACACUCCAAACCAUGUGUGAUUCUGGAGUAUUUCCUGUUUUGGCUGUGAAAGCUGCUAGAGUGAAUGAGUUCAAUGGUAAGUCUGUAGGGACCAUUGCCACAAGCCAGAUAUGCAUAGAGCCUGAUUCCUCCGAGGCUCUUAGGCUGAAAGCAUGGUAUGAUGAUUGUGGGAGUAAAACUACGUCGGUUUCAUUGUCAAAGGCUGUUCUGCGUACAGAUGAACGUAAAACUAUUUCCCGAAUAAAAGAUGAAAAGCUUGGGACCUCUGACAAGCCAGAUUGGAUCACAGUCAGUGCCACUGUAAUGCAUUUUGGAAUUGAAAACUUCUGCUACACAGCAUGCCCCCUCAUAAGAGAGAGUCGACAAUGCAGCAAAAAAGUUACUAAUAAUGGCGAUGGGAAAUGGCGAUGUGACACGUGUGAUCAAAGCAGUGAUGAAUGUGACUACAGAUACAUACUGCGUCUACAAAUACAAGACCAUACUGGUUCAACAUCGGUAACAGCAUUUCAGGAAACCGGUGCAGAGAUAAUGGGGGUUGCUGCUAAAGAGUUGUAUUACAUAAAAUAUGAAGAGCGAGACGAAGAGAGAUUUUCAGAAAUUAUAAGGAGUGUUGUUCAUACAAAAUAUAAUUUUACGCUAAAAGUGAAAGAAGAGACAUAUAAUGAUGAUCCUUCUGUGAAGUGCACUGUUUCUAAAGUAGAAAGGAUAAAGUUUUCAUCAAAUACAAGCUUUUUUCUGGAUUUUUUAAAAAAAGAUGAACACACAUCUAUAGGCUCAAAGAUUGAAAACCCCGUUGGUUUGUCUGCACCUUUUAGCAACAACAUUGGAAGUGUUGGGGGGCUUGGUCGGCAAGCAGCUUUACAAGCAAAUCAAACUGGUUUGUCUAGCAUGGGGAAUUCCGGCAGUCUUGAUCGGCAAGCGGUUCUACAAGCAAAUCAGACAGGUCAUUUUGGGAAACAAUUUGAUAUUCCUAGCUUUGGUAUGGGCUGCAGCAGUUGUGGCGAUCUAGGCCAUAGCACUUCAGGCUGUCCAAGUGUUGGAAAUGCUUCAGGAAGAGCUAACAGUUUGCCAUCUGGAGGUGCCUCUGGCAAUUGUAUUAAAUGCAAUCAACCUGGACACUGGCCCAAAGACUGUCCCCGUGAGAAUAAUGUUAAAUUUGAGUAUAAUGCAAGUGUGGCUGCUGGAAGAUAUGGGACUGCAUUUGGUUAAGGUGCUGGUUGACUUUCUGAGAAUCUUGUAGCAAUAAAGGCUGCAGCAUAAGCUUUCUCCGUCUGGUGCUCGCGUUUUAUGUUUUUAGCCAGUAUUUUGGAUCCUUAGCCGUGUUCAUACCCGGCGGUUUCUUUUUUGUUUUUUGUUUCUGUGGUUCUUGAAUCACUUUGUAGAUAGAAUGAUUAUCUUGUAAAUUUUGGUCUGUGUGAUCCAUAUUUAUCUUUUGGUUUUUGUUAUGCAAACAUCAUCUAAUCUGCGUUUAAA